AUGCCGCUGUUGCUGAAGAAGUGGAAGAAGCUGGUGUUGAUGCCGCUGUUGCUGAAGAAGUGGAAGAAGAAGCUGGUGUUGAUGCCGCUGUUGCUGAAGAAGUGGAAGAAGAAGCUGGUGUUGAUGCCGCUGUUGCUGAAGAAGUGCAAGAAGCUGGUGUUGAUGCCGCUGUUGCUGAAGAAGUGCAAGAAGCAGGUGUUGAUCCUGCUGUUGCUGAAGAAGUGCAAGAAACUUUACAAUGAAGUUUUUGAACCUGCUAUUCAGGCCUCCCUGUUUGCUCUGGGUGAGCAAUGUAGUGCAGCUGCAGCAUUGGGGAUGUGGUAUUAUUAUAUGCUGUCCCAUCAGGAAAACUCUGAUUGUAUGUGCCGUGGGGAAGUAGAAGAUACAAUUUUCUCUCCAUGGCUAAAGUCACUGGAAUUAAAAGGUUUAAUGUUCCUUUCAAACAAAGUCCCAACAAGGUUGACACUAAAUAAAGACACUGAAUGUGUCUCUGGAAUUGUUUGCGGCGAUGAGAUAUAUGAUGCAGAUGCAUUUGUUUUGGCUACGGGACUCUCACCUCUACAAUCUAUCAUUAGAAACAGUCCGUUUCUGCAGUCUCAACAAGAAUUUGCCAAUCUUCUUUAUCUGUCAACGACUGAUGUGCUCUCUGUAAAAUUAUGGCUGGACAAAAAGGUCACCAUUCCAAAGGCUGCUAACGUUUGUUCAGGAUUUGAUGAUUCUUCUGGUUGGACAUUCUUUGACCUCACCUCAAUAUAUGAUGAUUAUGCUGAUGAACCAACAACAGUUGUGGAGGCUGAAUUUUAUAACACGAGCCAUCUGUUGCCACUGACUGAUCAACAGAUCGUUUCUGAAGCUACAUCAUGCCUUAUUAGAUGCAUAGAUGACUUUGAGGGGGCCACUGUGGUUCAGCAAUUGGUCAGAAGAUCUCCUAGAUCUGUAUACCACUUUCUUCCAGGUUCUUACAAGCAGACAGUGCGGGGGACAACUUCCUUUCCGAAUUUGUUUAUUGCCAGUGAUUGGAUAGUGAACCGACAUGGUUCCUUUUCGAAGGAAAAGGCAUAUGUGACUGGAAUUGAAGCUGCCAAUAUGGCAGUGGACUAUUUGGUGAAGGAAACUUUGCUAAAAUCAUUGCUGUUGAAGGAGACGAGCCUCAUAUAGAGACAUUGUGCAGUCUCAACAGAAGAGCCAAUGAACUAAAGACUGAGAUUCUUUCUCCGAGUUUUUUCUCCAAUGAAAUGAUAGCGAUUUCCUAGAGCAUGACUAGUGCUAUCAUCAUACAAUUCAUAGAUAAAAGUAUAUAUUGAAACAUUUCUGUACAACCGUUCAUCAAGAGAUCCAGGAGUCUCCUCAGAUAUCGUUGGCCACGGGCUGCUACUGAAAUCAAGCUGGGCCACCAGUAUAGCAUCAAAUAUCCCCUUCUCUGUUUCUGCACAGAUUUGCAAAUUCGGAUAUUUAGCCCUGCGAUCGAUACUGUAUAUAAGCAAUGUAGCAUGUAAACUGAAGAUGUAUGAAUAUUUACCUGCCCAGAAAGGUGGCGACCCACAUAAAAGAAUAUACAAGAUCACUCCA